UCGGAGCCUGGAGAACAAGGCAAGGGGGCCUUGGCCGCGCAUGCGCAUUCGGGGGGACUCGCGGGCUGCUGCGCUGGUGGGGGGCGACGGAGCGCUGGGCAGUAGCGGCAAAGGGCUCCCCGGGAGGCACAGCAUGGCGGACAAGAAGCGUUUGGCCUUCUCCAUCAUCCACUUCCUCCAGGAUCAGCUGCACAACGGAGGCCUCUCCCCGGAUGCCCAGGAGAGCCUGGAAGUCGCCAUCCAGUGCCUCGAGACGGCCUUCGGAGUGUCCAUGGAAGACAGAGGCCUGGCCGUGUCCCAGACCCUCCCGGAGAUCUUUGAAGCCGCGGCAGCAAAGGAGCCGCUGCCCAGCACGCCGACUUCGGAGCCGGUCACCCCCUCGGAAGAAGACGCCGCCGAAGCGGAGAGGCUGAAAGCUGAAGGGAACGAGCAGAUGAAAGUGGAGCACUUCGAGAAUGCCGUCUUGUACUACGGGAAAGCCAUCGAGCUGAACCCAUCCAACGCGGUCUACUACUGCAACAGGGCUGCUGCUUACAGCAAACUCGGGAACUACGCCGGGGCAGUUAGAGACUGCGAAAGAGCCAUAAACAUUGACCCAAAAUACAGCAAAGCGUACGGCAGGAUGGGCUUAGCGCUGUCCAGCCUGAACAAACUCUCGGAAGCCGUAGUCUACUACAGAAAAGCCCUGGAGCUCGAUCCGGACAAUGAGACGUACAAGUCGAACCUGAAGGUCACCGAGCAGAAAAUGAAGGAGGCGCCGAGCCCGACGGGAGGCGCUGGAGGCUUCGACCUGGCCGGCCUACUCAACAACCCUGGCUUCAUGAGCAUGGCCUCGAACUUGAUGAACAACCCACAAGUGCAACAGCUAAUGUCCGGAAUGAUCUCGGGCGGCCACAAUCCCAUGGCGACACCGGGCGCCAGCGCUUCCCCCAACGACCUCGCCAGCCUUAUCCAAGCGGGACAGCAGUUCGCCCAGCAGAUGCAGCAGCAGAACCCAGAGCUGAUCGAACAGCUGCGCAGCCAAAUCAGGAGCCGGACCCCCAGCAACAGCAACGAAGAGCAGCAGGAAUGAGAGAGAGCCGGCGGGUGAGGCUGCUCUUUGCUGGGGAGACGUCCUUCGCUGCCGGGGGAAGAAGGAAAGAAGGAAGAGGAAGGAGCAGGAACCGGGGAGCCCGUCUUUUCCUUGCCGUCUCUCCAUCUGGAAGCCCCCCCAAGAGGGACAGCGGGUGGGGAGCCCACCCUGGUCCGACCUGCAUGUUCUAGACAGUUUCUUGUAGUCCGCCCACCCUCCUCCUCCCUCCUUCGCACGCUGUUCCUGCGGAGUAGGCCUCUCCAGAAGAGCCGGUGAGCCGUUGACCACGACCAGCGUUCAGCCCCUCUUCUCCCUCAUCCUCCCCCCCCCAAACUCCUGAGAAUCAGUCAGAUGUCCGGUGAUUUUAAAUCCCGCCCCCCCACUUGGGGAGGCGCCGCUGCCCAGAAGAACACUCCACUCUGAACCUGCACUGCUUGCCAGCCGCCGGGAGACACAGGGCUGCGUAUGAUCUCUUUUCCCCCACCCUCCCUCCCGUCUUACAAACCUGUUUCCCUCCCAGUUUGGAAGGAUUUCUGUUUUCGCUUCCCCCGUUUGCCACCUUUGCAGACUCUUUCUGGCACCCAUGAGCCCCGCAGGGGAGCGGAGGGAGGGCGGGGGCACGCUGGGGGCCUGCCGUCGGCCAGAUGACCCCCCCGGGGUGCAGCAGCGGUGCUCGCUGGCCUGUAACACCGAACAGUAAAGAAGAACCCGCCAGGAGGA